CGGUGCGCCCGGCCGAGCCGAAGCGCCGGCGGGCCGUGCAAGACGGGUGAAGUGCCUCCUCUCGCAGCCGAGCGCAGCGACGCGUCCGCGUGACGCAGAACUGCUGCUCCUCUCUCUCGCGUCUCCGCCGUCCUCGAUGGUGUGGAGCGGUGUCGCACCCAGCCCCGCACGGCGCUGCGCCCAGGCUACGCAGCGUGGCACAUGGCCGUGCGAAAUAGCGCCUUGCGCCCUCGCCUGCUUGCUCCCAGAGCUGCGGCGCCACCGUCAGCCUGCCGCGGCGACUGCGGUGGGAUCGAUGUCGCUCGAGGCGAGGUGGCAAAUCGACGCGGCCUCUCCGCGCGCUCUUGCUCGGUCCGGGGUCUCUCUGUCGCCCCGUUCGCCCGCCAUGGGGCCGAGCACCGUCGAUGCCCGUCCGCUACAAACUGGUGCUGCAUGCGACGACCUGGGGCCCCACCACUCCGCCGCAUUCUCGCCGAGCAGGCUGGCGAGCGACCUGCGUCUGCGGAGGCGGGAGCGCAUCGUGUGCGGGCUGUGCGAGAGAUCCGCCGUGCUGCUCGGCUGCCGACGUGCCGCUGCCAAGGGAAACGCGACAGGGUGCUGGGGUCGGUGGCGGCGCCGUGCGUGCAACACGCGGCGCCAUGCCCCACGGGGUCUCCCCGCGCUCGCGGUGGAAGGGAUUAUGCCUCGGCACGACUAGGUGCUGUCUGCAUGCUGCAUGCAGCGUAUGCUGCCGAGCCUCCGCCUUGCCCUCGCAGCGGCCCUUGACAGCGUCAUGUCACGCGAUUGGGGUGGGAAAAGCGUGUGCACUCGGCGAGACGCCCCGAUGCUCUGCGUGCGCCGCUCGCCCACGCCGCUCUUCCCGCUGCACGCUGCCACUCCGCCUGACAUGCCGCAGCUCUUCCGCAUACCGCGCCUGCAGGGUGCAGCGAGCAGGUGUCGCUUCCAGCUUGGCUCCCUUGACCUGUCCGCGUCGAGGCGGUGCCGCGCUCGGCAAGAUUCGCAGCUCCGUGCCGCCGCUGCUCCCGUCAUGCGUCGAGGGUGGGGUAGGCCCGAUGCGCGUCCUCAAAUUCAGCACGGCUGCCUUGGCUGUCAGCACGUAGCUGCCGCAGAGGUGCACGCAUGGAUGGAACGCCACCUCGACCCUGACUCGUCCCCACAGCGACACUGCCGCUCCGAGCUCAGACGACGUCGGAGAGGCAGACGGACGCAUUGCAGAUCUUAGCUCAGACGGCUGCUCCCUGGCGUCGGGCCGACGC